AUGGACGACGAGCUGGAGCUGUACACGCUGCAACUGGCGCAAGUGAGCACCGCGCUCGAGGCGGAUCCAUCCAACGAAGACCUGCGAGCGCUCAAGGAGGAGCUGGAGAACCUGGUUCGGCUGACGCAGUCGCUUGUUGGAUCGUCUUCCAGCACUGCAUCGACGAGUCAGACACCCGCCGUCAAAUCACAGAGCGGCUCGGAUGGCAAGCGCAAAAGGCACGAUGGAGAAGAGGCGAAGUUCAGCGUGGGUCAAGAGGUUUCGGCCAAGUACUCGGCAGAUGGCCGGUGGUAUCCUGCCACAGUUCGUGCGGUGAAAGACGGGAAGGUGACCGUGAGGUAUCAAGGGUAUGGCAACGAGGAGGUGCUGCCGGUGUCGCAGGUCAGGGUGAAUGAUGCGACGUCGACUUCGGCCCCUCCUCCACCCUCGAAACCGUCAGCACCUUCACCACCACCGGUAUCGAGUACUGACCUCAAUCCACCACCUCCGCCGCCAGCAUCAUCAAGCACGGACCUUAACCCACCACCACCACCCGCACCAUCAGCACACCCGCCUCCACCACCUCCCUCUUCCAGCCUACCCCCACUCCCGCCACCACCCACAUCCAGCCAACCUCCACCUCUUCCAUCCGCAACACCACCAGCACCUGCCCUCGACGAGCGCGCGCAACGCAAGCAUCGCAACGACAAAAAGCUCCUCCGUCGAGAACAAAAGUCGAUGCAACAGCUCCAAAAGGCCGCCUCAUGGCAAAAGUUCGCCUCGAAAGCAACCCAGUCCGGUGCGCUGCGCAAGAGCAUGUUUAGCACCAGCGAGGAUCCUUACGCCAAAAUCGGCGGCAAUGCACCAAAAGGCGGGAUGAAGAAGUUAGGUUGA